AGGUCAGAUUUCUCAGUCAGUCUUACCUGUUCGGUUGGGCAUAGCACUUUGGUUCAUUUUACUUCGUUUCGGUUCUCGGACUUUGAUUUCGAAUUGAAACAAAAAAUUUUAAAUUAAAUUCAAUUUGAAAAUUCAGUUUUGCUCUACCAAAUAUAAAAUAUAAAUAUCACUUUCGGACCAGUUUAUUGCCGUUCCAUUGUUUACAUCGUUCAAGUUUCCGUCCUAUAACGUCAACCAGCAAAAGUCACUUCGUGGUAUCACUUUGUGGUCUAAUUAAUCCUAAAGGCAGCGGAAAAUGAGGGGCAACAAAGGUCGAAGGAAUCAUGUCAGUCGAUCGUAUCAUCCCUACCGACUUUCGCCACCGCAAGGCUUAGCCAGGAUAAAGUCCGACCAUUUGAUACCCGCUCUCCAGGAGCAGAAUCGGAUGCAGCAGGAGCAGCAGGCCCGUCUGGCUUCCCAGUCUGGCUUCGGAGGUCCACCAGGAGCUGGAGCCGGUUCCCCUGCUGUGGAUGGUGCUCUGAUGAAUAUGCCCAGUUAUGCGGAUCAAAUGCAAGCCGCCUUCCUUGACUAUCAGCGCCAGAGGGCAGAGUUUGAGCAGCAGCAACAUCAGCUGCUCCAGAAGCUCUAUCACAACCAUCCCGAUGUCUCCGGGGCUACUCCACCUAUCCAAGAUCAACUCCAAGGACUGCAGCAGCAGAUGCAGCAACCAGCAAAGAGUCCCCAGCGUACCAAUGGCUUCCAUUUCCAACGUUAUCAGUACGGAAACAAUGGCCUGCAGCCGACAGGAUCAGGCAGACCAACUGCAAGAGCCGGCUCAAAUCUUGUUUUGGGGGCAGGUGACUUCUAUUCGACACAACAGCACAUGGGAUUCAUGCAGCAGCAGCACCAGGAUGUGCUCCGGGAGCAGCAACAGUUGGUGGCACAACAAUUUGCCACCAGCCAGAUUGCACCCACCACCCGCCAGACCUUUGGCAUGGCGGUGCCCAUGUCCUCCGUGCUCAGUACUCCCUCGUUCCCGACCACUUCCGACAGUUCUCACCUGGGUUUCCCAAGCGGCGAUCUGAGUCCCGGCUUCUAGGAAACAUAACCAUAGAUGUCUCAAGCAUUUAUCCCUGAUAUAUUUUCAUAACAUUUGAGUUCUACGAUUUUAUAUAGUUGUAUUAUUUUGUUGCGGAAAAUUAUUUGUGACAUGCUAAGAAGAUGUGUAGGACGGCAAUAAAUUGUUUGAGCGAUAA